GUCACCUGGAGCCUGGGGGCUUGUCCAGCUUUCUCAGGAUUCAGCAGACAUUGGAAGUGGCAGUUAAGGAUACAGUGGUAGUCAAUGUUAUUUGAGCAGGGUCAGCAGGCCCUGGAGCUUCCUGAGUGCACAAUGCAGAAGGCGGCUUACUAUGAAAACCCAGGACUGUUCGGAGGCUAUGGCUACAGCAAAACCACUGAAACUUACGGCUACGCCACCCCCCACCAGCCCUACCCACCCUCUGCUGCUGCCAACUCCCUGGACACUGACUAUCCGGGUUCUGCCUGCUCCAUCCAGAGCUCUGCCCCUCUGAGAGCCCCAGCACACAAAGGAGCUGAACUCAAUGGGAGCUGCAUGCGGCCUGGCACUGGGAACAGCCAGGGUGCAGGUGGUGGCAGCCAGCCUCCUGGUCUGAACUCGGAGCAGCAGCCACCACAACCCCCUCCUCCACCACCGACCCUGCCCCCAUCUUCACCCACCAAUCCUGGAGGUGGAGUGCCUGCCAAGAAGCCCAAAGGUGGGCCCAAUGCUUCUAGCUCCUCAGCCACCAUCAGCAAGCAGAUCUUCCCCUGGAUGAAAGAGUCUCGACAGAACUCCAAGCAGAAGAACAGCUGUGCCACUGCAGGAGAGAGCUGCGAGGACAAGAGCCCGCCAGGCCCAGCAUCGAAGCGGGUACGCACGGCGUACACGAGCGCGCAGCUGGUGGAGUUGGAAAAGGAAUUCCACUUCAACCGCUACUUGUGCCGGCCGCGCCGCGUGGAGAUGGCCAACCUGCUGAAUCUCACGGAACGCCAGAUCAAGAUCUGGUUCCAGAACCGGCGUAUGAAGUACAAGAAGGACCAGAAGGCCAAGGGCAUCCUGCACUCGCCGGCCGGCCAGUCCCCUGAGCGCAGCCCACCGCUCGGCGGCGCCGCUGGCCACGUGGCCUACUCUGGCCAGCUGCCCCCAGUGCCCGGCCUGGCCUACGACGCGCCCUCGCCGCCGGCAUUCGCCAAAUCACAGCCCAAUAUGUACGGCCUGGCCGCCUACACGGCGCCGCUCAGCAGCUGCCUGCCACAACAGAAGCGCUACGCGGCGCCCGAGUUCGAGCCCCACCCCAUGGCGAGUAACGGCGGCGGCUUCGCCAGCGCCAACCUGCAGGGCAGCCCGGUGUACGUGGGCGGCAACUUCGUCGAGUCCAUGGCUCCCGCGUCCGGGCCUGUCUUCAACCUGGGCCACCUCUCGCACCCGUCGUCGGCCAGCGUGGACUACAGUUGCGCCGCGCAGAUUCCAGGCAACCACCACCAUGGACCCUGCGACCCUCAUCCCACCUACACAGAUCUCUCGGCCCACCACUCGUCUCAGGGACGACUGCCGGAGGCUCCCAAACUGACGCAUCUGUAGCGGCCGCCGCUAGCCCGAACUCGCGGCGCAAUUACCUCUCUUGCUGUAGUGGUGGGGUGGCGGGCGGGGCCCGCGGGGCAGUUCGGGAACCCCCUCCCCGGCUCUUGCCCCGCCGCCGCCUCCCGGGUCUCAGGCCUCCAGCAGUGGAGGCGCAGGCGACCGGGCCUUCCCCUCCAUGGGUGUCCUCCUUUGGGUGACUCGCCAUAAAUCAGCCGCAAGGAUCCUUCCCUGUAAACCUGACAGUGCCACAUACUGCGGACCAAGGGACUUUAAUCUGGUAAUGGUGUCCCAAAGGUAAGUCUGAGACCCAUCGGCGGCGCGCCCUGCAGAGGGACCAGAGCCCGGAGAGUCUUGGGCCUGGCCCGCGUCUAGCUUAGUUUCGGAGACCUUAAUUUAUAUUCUCCUUCCUGUCCCGUAAGGAUUGCAUCGGACUAAACUAUCUGUAUUUAUUAUUUGAAGCGAGUCAUUUCGUUUCCCUGAUUAUUUAUCCUUGUCUGAAUGUAUUUAUGUGUAUAUUUGUAGAUUUCUCCGGCCGAGCUUAGGAAUUCGCUUCCAGGCCGUGGGGGCCACAUUUCACCUCCUUAGUCCCCUUGGUUUGAACUAGUUGAAAGAGUAGUUUUGAACAGUCGUAAGGGUGGCUGGUGUUUGUAGUUGAUGUAAAGGAUUUAAGACCGCAAAUUGUCCUUCAUGGGUAGAGUCAGAAAGCCCGGUGGUGUGGCACAACACACGUUAGUCAUUUCUCAAAAGCCACAGCCCUCGCCACAGUUUAUUGAUUUCAAAUUGUCUGGUACUAUUGGAACAAAUAUUUAGAAUAAAAAAAUUUCUCAGUUGGAAGUGUAUCUGUGUUAAUCAUGCACACUUGCAAGCAGAUCACUAUGCCUUUAUCUCGCACAAUCCCCAUGGAAGGCCCCAAAAUAGACUGACACUUGAAAACAUUAUUUUAUUUAUUUGGAGUCUAGUGCAAAAAUUGGUUCUGGGGAUACUUGAUUACUUUCCAGCUAUUGAAAUUAGGGGAGGGGGAAAUGAGGAUGCAAACCUAGAAAGGUUCUAGGCAGGAUGAUUUGGAUAGGGCUUUUUGAAAGUAGCUCCUGCUUUGCUCUUUUUACUGCCCUCUUUCUGGACACAAUCGACUUUUACAUUAGGGAGGCCAGAGCUCACUUUUCUGCAUUAAGUAGCAAAAAAUAAACUUUGAAAGAAAACUGACAAUCAAAGAAAAAACACAAGAGAAGUUGUAAAAAGAAUUGAGCUAUGAAAAAGCUAAGGUGUAGAAAAAGAAACCAUCAUUUGGAGAUGCACACCUAAGCCUUUUCUCUAGGAAAUGCUGUCAUGAAUUCUUCCUUUGUAGUGGUCAUUAGUUCAUUUCUAAAGAAAUCAAACAUUCUCCAUGAUGUAAAGAAAUAACAGUUUCAUAAAUGAAACAUAACAAGUAUAAACACCUUGUUUGCUCCUGUUUCUUUGUACAAAAUGGGCAAAAAUGUCUUCAAGGAUUUAUAACCAUUUUGUAAAUACUAAUGUGGCUUCUGCUAGGCGUAGACAACUUCCCUGCUUCUAUGAGAGGGGCCACUUAGAAAACGCCUUCAGAUAAGGUUCAAUUCUUUUGUAUUUCAGCAAAGUCAGCCCACACAUCUCUAUUUGGUUUGACAAAUAAUGCAACUCCCACUACAUCCCUGAUGACAUGAGGUGAAAUUCCUAUUGCGUGGAAAUAAUUUAACUUCUCAUCUUCUGGUGGAACAACAAUCAUUUCUAUUUGGAUGUUUGUAUUUCGCUAAGUAAUGAUGGCUCAAAAUAAUAUUUAGUUUCCUUGUUCCUUUGUGCUGUUUUUAAAAUGGCAUGUUAGAUUGGGGGUGGGAGAGGAUAUCCUUUUGCUAAAUUUCACUUUAUCUGAGCAGGUUUAAAAUAUAUAUGUUGUAGAAGUGUAUCAACAGAAUAAAUGACUUCAAUCGAAGGCAUAUUUUACCCACUUUCAAGGCUUAACAUUGUUUUCUAUGAAAUUUGCAUCCACAGGCAGAAUUUCUAAUUGUCUGGCAAGAAAUUAUUUUUUAAGCUAUUAGAGAAAUCAAAGAAGAGUUCACUGCCUUUCAGGGAUUACAACCACCUUUCUUAACUGGCUAAAUAUUAAAUAGCUGAAUUGUCAGGCUGCUUAGAUUCAGCCCAGUUUUCCCUCAUCUCCUCUUCCUACCAUAAAUAAUAAUAAAAAUACAUAAUGUA